CAAAUAUCCAGUUCGUCCGUUUCCUUCACAUUAUUCGGAGAGAGAGAGGGACCUUAUCCUUGGGGUUGUUUUACAAGUUGACAUUAAUUCAAAAGACCAAAGCAGAGGGGAACACAAACAAGCAAAAUUUCUCCAUUUCCAACUCAUUUUUAACUCACUUCGGCUUUUUUUGGUUGAGAACAUCAAGCCCAAGCUAAUCUGCUUCGUCUGUUGUUCCUUUGGCAUGGUUAAUUAUCUCUUGAGCUUAGGUCGGUUCAGCUAUGUUUUAUAAUUCACAACUUCUCAACCUGCUCUGCCCCAGCAGCUCCACAGCUCUUAAGCUCUAACUCGUCUCCUAUUUUGAUACUUUCUAGUUUGGAUUUUUUGCUAAAAUGAAUCGCUACGUUCCCGAUUUCGAAAUCGGUGACGACUGCGCAAUACCCACUUCUUCGACCUUCAGUCGCCCUAAGAAAUCAAUCACGUCGGAGGACGAUAUCAUGGAGCUGCUAUGGCAGAAUGGACAGGUGGUCGUCCAGAGCCAAACCCAAAUGUCUGUCAAGAAAGCGCAGCACCACAAAUACGACGACGCUGUGCUUCCCGUUGAGCAAUCAACACCCAGAGAGAUCCGAUCAAGUUCAAAUGAACAACAGCAGCAUCUGUUUAUGCAAGAGGACGAGAUGGCCUCUUGGCUUCAUUACCCUCUCAACGACACUAAUUUCGACCAAGAUUUCUGCGCUGAUCUCCUCUAUCCUUCCACUGGUUAUGUCAGUUCCACUACCACAAAUACCAGCGCCGUUCCCCAACGUUCAACUCACAAUCCAGAGGCUCGCCUGCAUCCGACGGUUUCUGCUGCUAGCGCUAUGCCAACAGCCACCGCCACGGCUUCCAGACCUCCGAUACCACCAACGAGGAGAGCGGAGGUGGUGCAGAACUUUGGCCACUUCUCCAGACAUAGAGCGAAGGGCGGCAAGUCCGAAUCAGGGCCGUCAAAUUUAAAAAACGUGGUGAGGGAAUCGACAGUUGUGGACUCCACUGAUACAUCGGCGACGGGUUCCGAGUCUAGAACUUCGGAGGCGGCGUUCGCGAGGAGUGCUGCCGGUGUAUCGAGUGUCAAUAUUAAUGCUAGCGGGACAGGGAGCGGCGCCGCUGUAGCGGGUACCUCUUCCCGGGAAGGUGGGAGUAAUAAUAAGGAUAUGACGACGCGCGAGAUGACUGUGACUUCGUCCCCCGGUGGCUCCAGCGCCAGCGCCGAACCGCCGGCUCUGAAGCUGGCGACGGAUGACAGGAAGCGCAAGGGAAGGGAGGAGGACACAGAGUAUCACAGCGAGGAUGUUGAGUUUGAAUCUGCUGAUGCAAAGAGACAAGUUCGUGGAUCAACAUCUACAAAGAGAUCUCGUGCUGCAGAAGUUCACAACCUGUCAGAGAGGAGACGGCGAGACCGGAUAAAUGAGAAGAUGAAGGCUUUGCAAGAGCUUAUACCUCGAUGCAACAAGGUGAUGUCUGACAAAGCUUCCAUGUUGGAUGAAGCAAUCGAGUACCUGAAAUCACUUCAGUUGCAAGUACAGAUGAUGUCCAUGGGAUGUAGCAUGGUCCCAAUGAUGUUCUCAGGCAUUCAGCAGUAUAUGCCACCAUUGAGAAUGGGAAUGGGGAUUGGCAUGGGCAUGGAAAUGGGCAUGAAUCGGCCUAUGAUGCCAUUUCCCAAUGUUCUAGCUGCUGCACCUAUGCCUACACCAGUUGCAGCAGCUCAUUUGGGUCCAAGGUUCCCUAAGCCAGCUUUUCAUAUGCCCCCUGUCCCUGCACCACCCCCUGAUCCAUCCAGAACACAAGCAACAAACCAGUCAGAUCCCAUGCUAAGUGCAGUAAGCGCACAGAAUCCAAACCAGCCACGACCACCAAUUUUUUCUGAUCCUUACCAGCAAUACCUUGGUCUGCAGCAGAUGCAAAAACCAGUAUCACAGAACCAAGAAAUGACUCGGCCAGGUACCAGUCAAGCAGCUGAGAAUCUUGAUAAUAGCCCGUCUGGAAGUGGAACGCAAUAUUCUUCUAAAACUCCACUUGCACUUUGAUUGAUCGAAAAAUAGUAUUCUUAAAGACAUGCUAGAUCCAUUUAACCUCCAUGUUGCAUCUCUAAACUUUUUCUCUGGAUGGUUGUCUCUAGGGACAUGACAUGCAGAUAACUAGAAUCUCCACUUGACAAAAUAUUUACAAGUCGCAGCACUAAGUUGUAUAGUUGUGCUGGCCUCUCAGAAUAGUGGUGUAUUCUGGUAUCACCGUUCUAUCCAAGUAUUGCUUGUAGACUGCCUCUGCUCAAGAAGAUAUUACAAAUGCCUUUCCUGUGCUUUUAGGUUGAAGUUUUGGGUAGAUCUCUUAUGGAAGACCCUGCAAGUUUUGUAGUUAUAAGAGGUGAUGAACAUCCCAGAGCAACAUUUUACGACUGUAAUACAACAAUAACACAGCUAACUUGUAAUUAUAAUACCACUCAUAGAAUUAAAAUUUUCUGUGUAUUCUGGUUGCUUC